UUUUCUUUUUACCUCAUCACUUCCUGCUGUUGCGGCAGCCAUAUUGGCAUGGGGGAUAGAUGACAAUUUCACCUUAGCCGAAGAGCUACAUUUUUGUUAUUUUUGAAAGUUUAUCAAGGGUGUAUUCACUCUGAAAUAAACGGGAUAUCAAUAUUCACCCCAAUUUGACCGUGGUCGAUCCCGUGGAGGGCGUUGAAAGAGAUGAGCAACAACUUAAACAAGAGGGCCCCAACCACAGCAACACAGCGGUUAAAACAGGAUUACCUGCGCAUCAAGAAAGAUCCAGUCCCGUAUAUCUGUGCUGAACCUCUGCCCUCCAACAUUUUGGAAUGGCAUUAUCUAGUACGUGGCCCUGAGAAAACUCCAUAUGAAGGUGGCUUCUAUCAUGGCAAACUCAUUUUCCCACGGGAAUUUCCGUUCAAACCACCAAGCAUAUACAUGAUCACACCCAACGGCAGAUUUAAAUGUAAUACAAGGUUGUGUCUUUCAAUCACAGAUUUUCACCCUGACACGUGGAACCCCGCGUGGUCCGUAUCCACCAUCUUAACCGGCCUCCUGAGCUUCAUGGUUGAAAAAGGCCCGACUCUCGGCAGUAUCGAAACGUCUGACUUCACAAAAAGACAGUUGGCCUCCCAGAGUCUUGCAUUCAACAUCAAGGACAAAGUCUUUUGUGAACUGUUUCCAGAUGUUGUUGAAGAAAUCAAGCAGAAGCAGCGUAUGCAGGAGGAGCUCAGGUCCCGCUCACAAGCGCUGCCCCUCCCUGACGUGGUGCCGGACGGCGAAGCCCACCAUGCGCAAAACGGGCACCUGCCCAUGAACGGGCACUUGCCCCCUGGCGCGGCCCACCCACCCGACCUCCAGCAGGUCAACCGAAACCAUGGACUCCUGGGCGGAGCGCUCGCCAAUUUGUUUGUCAUCGUAGGUUUCGCCGCUUUCGCCUACACGGUCAAGUACGUUCUGCGGAGCAUCGCGCAGGAAUGAAUCGCCCAAUAAUAACGCCGACGGGAGGGACGAAAGGCUGGUGCUGUUCUCACGACCAAAAUAGGUAGCGAGAAAUCAAAAGGGUUUUCUCACAACCAAAUAAAAUGAAGCAGUGUCCCCUUAAUGAAAUUGAGAGCUUGGUGAUUUCCUCCGUAGUGGCGACAACCAGAUCUUGGUGUAACACGGCCACUUAAAGGUCAAGGUCACGUGAAAUGAUGGCUUUAUUAACAUGUAAGGAAAUUUUAAAACGAGCAAAUUUUCUACCUUACCCAAUUCCCAGAAGAGGACAACGUCAUGUGACCGUGAAAUGAAUCCGAGUGGGCUUUUUUAAAAGCCUGAAUCAGCAGUUUUUCACAUUUCUCAAUAAACUAAGAUUUUAGAAUCUGUGCAUAUAGGUGAGUUUUUAUGUGAAAGAUUAAAAGAGAAAAAAGGCCCAUCAUUCCUUAAAAACAGCAACAACAGAAUAAAAUACAUUUCUGAAGUGUGAGGCACCAUUUAUUGCUGUGACGAAAAUCCCUGACUAUUUUAUUUGAUGGAAAUGGCUCAACUGUAAAAACGCUUUACCAAUGGAGAUUUGUUCUUAAAUGCAUUUGUGCUCACUUACGCUACGCCAACCGUAACAACCAGUUAGGCCAGGAAAGAAGCGGUGUAAAAUGAAUUAUUUGUCUCUUGUUUGUCUGUGAUGCAGCGCUCCAAGUGUACAUUAACUUUCUUUCGCAGGGGGUCACAGUCGGCCAAAAGAAAAGCAUAUGAACUCGUUUUUUUUCCAGGCCAUGUAACACUAAAUUGUUUUUGUGCAAUAUGUAGGAUUGUCAGCACUACUUUGCUUUCACGAUACACAGCACUUCUUUUCUUUUCAAGGGUUGUGAUUUAUGCAAUAAUUCUUAAUAAAUUGAAAUAUAAACAUAGGCAGGCAAAUAUGCAUUACAUUCUUACCUUUCCUGUUGUACUGUAACAUCUUUGGUUGUGCUCAUUAGGACAAGUACUUUGAGUUGCACAAAUAAUUCACAACAAAGACUUACAAAUCUAAGACUAGAUUGCUGAGACCUACAUGCACUGCGAAACAUCUCUUUCUGGGUCAGAAUGGUCGUGUCGCUGCUCAUUCGGAUUUGGAGGGAAUUAAUGCUCUCUUUGUACCAGUAUACUCUGGUCUCCCCCAAAGUGUUUGGAUGUCCCAAAUACUAGCAGUAAUGCUUUUUUCAGCACCUCCAUGAACACUGUUGAUCGAUAUCCUUUCCUUUAGAGGGGCGUGUAAUCCGAGGUAGUCAUGUUGUGUUUACAUU